GUGAAGCUGGAAAACAUGACAGGAAGCAAAGCUGAUUUGCAUGUUUAUGCUAAUUGCCAUUGAACAAACCUUUCAAAUCAAAGCGUGCGUUGCAGAUGGCUUGCAGAUUUACACCACGCUUCGGCUUUAUUUAUUAUCCUUCAGACUGGUAAUAAUUGGUGCAAUAUGGGAAAGCUGGAAAGUCUGAUCCACAAUACAGCUGUUAAAGCAAGGAGGAAUGUAUUUCCAGGAGCAGCUCAGGGCUGAAUGACUGAAGGGAUGGGAGCUGUGCCCCCAUGCUUGGACCUCCUCCCCCUUUGGGGUUCAUUGCUGGGAGUUUGUUUGCUCUCAUACCACUGCAAAAAGAAAGCAUCAUGGAAUCACAGCAUAUCUGGGGGCUGGAAGGGUUCUUAGAGACCACAGAACUGUGGGGUGGUUGGAUUGGGAGGGAACAUAAAGGUCUCAGAACCUUGAGAUGAUUGGGUUGGAAAGGUCCUUUAGGAUCACAGAACCAUCGGGUGGGUCCUCACAGCCCCCUGCUCUGGGCAGAUCCAAUCCCUCCAUCAAGAGGCCUUGAACUUCACUGUAGGUAGAGAGACUGAGAAACCCAGCUCAGUAGUCGGGUUAUCCCCUCCUUUGGACAGCAUCACUUCCCUUUUCAGCUAUUUGAUUUCUUUGAAAUCACAACAAAACUGCAACUACAACUUCUUUCCAUUGCAGUGAAUCACCGACAUCUCCAGAGAUCCCACAGUAGGACGGAGCGCAGCGCAUCCCCAUGUCCCCUCCUUGCAGCCUUUGGAUAACACACAGCUUCUUCCCUGACCAGGAGUGAUGGAAAUAGGUGAAAUAUUCCUCCAGCUGUGCCAGGAGGUGGCCAGGCUGCGGGAGCUGAGCUCCAGGCAGAGAGAGCUGCUGCAGAAGCUGAGCACCAGGAAGGGCAGCACUGUGGACAUCCCCACGUCGCUGCCCAUCCAGUGCACUGAGGACGCUUGGGCAGAGGGAGGGGAGCAGCCCCCAGCUGACAGCCCCCAGGUGCAUCCCAAGGCCCCACAGGGCUCUGCCCACCCUCUGACCCCACCAAAUGAUGCCCACACGUUGCCUGGUGCUGAUGGGUGGUACCCAGAGUGCAGUGACCUCAGGGCUGGGAAAGCUGCCCUCCCAGGGGCUUUUAUCAGCAGCCAGGAGGGGAGGAAGGAGAAGAUGCUGGUAGACACAUGGCUGGAGGACUGUAGGAUGGCUCAUACCACCAACAGCCCUGAGGAAGAAGUGAAAGCUUGCUGCAGCCCACAGGAAUUUGUGGCACCGUGCAGUGAGGCCACACACUCCUUCCUGACUAUCCUGGACCUCUAUGAAGCCCCAGAAACACUUGGGAGGGAGGAUGCUCCCAGUGACAGCGCUCUGCCUGCUGCAGAAAAGGUGCCGGUGGAAAUCCGAGGACCUCUGAAGACCUCCUGGACACCGGGGUGGAUGCUGGAGGACGCCGUGCUCGGACCAGGCACAGCCGCGGCUGCUCAGAUAUGUGACAUUUGCCAGGAGACUUUCCCUGCGGACACCACAGCUCAGGGUGACUAUUUAAAGCACGUCUUAACCCAUAUGAAAUAGGGCUGUAGGACUUUGUGCUCAGGAACCUACAUCUGUGCAACUGUGAGCGGCACAACGAGCUCUGGACCUUCAUAAGAUGCAUCUACAGCCCCAUUCUAUACCACUGGGGCUCCUUGACCUGAGCAUAACCAAGACCUUAACUUGAUGGGGAUCAAAACAGGGGCUCUCACAUCAUGGUGCAGCCUCCCCACUGGCAUCUCCAACAGCUCCAAGCUGCCUCCUGUGGCUCCCUGAUUCAAUUAAGCAUCAUUGGACGGUGUGUUGUGCUCUUCUAUAGGACCUGGAGGAAAAUAUCAGCCUGCAGCUUGCAGGGUUACUAGGAGCAUCAGCUCUGCAUCAAGAAGGGCCAUAAAUUCAUUGGGCAUAAAAUUGUUGCAGCCAUCCAGAAUUUGCCAGAAUGGAGAAAAACCGACCAGGUUCCUCCUGCUCUGAGAGCAAGUCCAGUAAAUUUCAUUUAAAGACUGUGAGCACAGAUGGCUUUUCUCAAGAGUCAAAGCAGUUGUGGCAGAGGGCUGAAAUCUAUGAGAUGCACUUUGUGAUGAGCUGUGGGUGUGUGUGAGUGGCACAGUUCACAUUAAUGGGAAUAGAUUGCAGAGCCCAAGGAGGGACAGCUGCAUGCACUGGUGCAGGUCAGGGGCUGAGCUGUUAGAAGGGAGAAGGACCUGGGGGUCCUGGUGGCCAAGAUGGCCAAUAGUGGCCAACGUGGUUGUCCAAUGGUUGACCAUGAGCCUACAAUGUGCCCUGGUGGCUGAGAAGGACAGUGGUGUUCUGAUUGACCAUCUAUUGACCAACUAUUGCCUAUGGGCCAGCAGUGUGCCCUGAUGGUGGACAAGGCCAGUGGGUGACCAGCAGUGGGCAAAUGGUUGACCAACAGUUGAUCAAAUCUGGACCUCAAGCCAACAGUGUGCAUUGGAGGCCAAUGGUUCCCUAUGGGCACUGCAGUGUUGCUCCUCUGCUCUGCGCUGGGGAGGAUUUGGGGCUCUGUGUUAAAUCACUCUGGGCUCCUUUAUGGUCAGGCAGACCUCGAGUUGUGCCGUGGUUCUUUGCCUGUGCUCCUUUCCUGGUGACUCAGGCUGGGGCUGAGCUGUGCAGGUUCUACCCCCAUCUAACUUCACUGCAUGAACUUUCUCAACACGCUUCACUGUAUUUUUAGACGUUACGGUGCAAUUAGUCACCCCCCCCUCCCAGCCAGAUGGUCCACGGUGACACAGGAGCUUCUUUUUUUAAUCCCACACUUUCCAUUGGCAUGAGCUUCCCAAAUAACCUUAAGUAUAGGGUGUUUGUUUUAGCUGCAGGGUGGGCGGUGUGAUUGUUUUCCCCAGGUCACCUCACCGGGGCUGAAGUUGGGUCAUUUCUGGAAACAAAUGGCAGAUUGGUGGCAGUUUCCAGUAAGGAGAAAUUGAGGCUGGAUUGGAAAAUCAAGCAGAAUUACGUCUGCUUGCUUUCUUGCUGUUGGGCGCCUGCAUUGGGCUGGGGGUCAGCACGUCCUCCUGUGGCUCUUGGUUUCAAAGCAGGGCUGGGAGAAGGAGGUGUCACCUAUUCCCAAUGGAAACCAAGCUUUGAAACUGCAGCUGGAUAACAGAUUGGGGUGGGAAAUGUUCAGUUGUUGGGUUUUCUAAUGAAGGAUGCUGGGCUGUUGGGGGGGAAUUGGGACAUGGGCAUCCUGACCAUCUAUAAUCAAUCAUUCACAUGCUCUAGACAGGACCCAAAAGCAAUCAGGAUCCCACUGGGCACAGGAGGGGGAAUGCAAUGCCUCUAAUGGGGAAUGUGGUGAAAUAGUUACAUUUCCUCCAUCAAUAAAAACAUAUUCCUUGAAGGAAAGGUGCUGUGCUUGUGCCCAAUCCCCCCCCCCAUUGCUCCCCAUCCCCAGGGGAAGGGAUUCACCUCCCCACAACCCACAACCUGCGCUUCCAGAGAGGGUAAGGAAACUGCUAAUGGCUCUGUUAAUUAAUAACCGACCCUCUGUUUUCAUCUCCUAUUAAUGGAAAAUAAAUGUUUUCCUUAUCCUGGA